CUCUACUUAGUCCAUUCCAGAAUUUGUUUGCAUGUGGUUAAUUCUGUCUACACUGGCCUCUCAGUCUUUACACUAAGAGAUGGCAAGCGACUGGGCGAGAUCUCAACGUGAAGGCUGGCUCUGUCGGCUCUACGGCACCGGCGAAGACGACGACAAUCGUGUUUUACCGCCUGAUUCCAUACAAGCACGAAUUCUCAAUGUACUAGAAGGCCUCCUACUGCAAAACAUCUCGCCCAGAGACGCCGCCGCGCAAACAGCGUCCCACAUCUUGUCUGAGGAAGACAUCAGCACGCCCUGGUCCAACCACGUCGGCAUGCACCUGCACGCCGUCCAAAACUUCUCCGACGAGGAAACCCUCCGCCUCCUCGCAGCCUACCUUAUCGAACUCGCCAGCCUCCCCGACGCCAUCACUUCGGGCCCUGGCCCGAAGACCAUCGAAACAGCACUUGGCCGCGAAACAAUCGAACCGGGCCAACGGAUCGAGCUGGACGGCGGCACGCUCUGGAGCGGGCUCCCAGAGUACUCCUGGAACCUGUCCGAGUCCUUCCAGGGCCCUGAGCAGUAUCUCCACCGCCUCGUCGAACCCUACACCCCCGCACAAGCAGCUCAGGCCUGGAGCAAUGUCAACACGUAUCUCGCGCUUAAGACUAUCGAUCCCAGGGUAAACGAUAUCCCGGCUCUCGCGCGCCACAUCACACUUGGCCUGCGCACGCUGGCCAUGGCGCUCGAGUGGUCGGGUGAGACGUGGCUUGGGAAGAACGCGGAGUUGCAUGCGCCUGCUGCGGCGCAGUGGCUGCGCAUUGCAGGGAAGGAGAUCGAUGAGGUUUGUAAAGAGGGGCGGGAGCAGACUGGGAGAGGGGAUAUGUGGGAGAAGCGGGGUGGGGGGCUGGAGUGUGAUGCGGCGAGAUUGGGGUUUUGGAGGGAGAGGUUGGCGGGGAUGGGGUUUGAGGUGUGA